AUGUGGCGACUGCACUUUGACGUGCUGCCUGGUUGGUUACCUCUGGUGUUGUGCUUUUCAUUUUUACACCCGUUCGCAAAUUCUGAAGAUAUCGGACCGCAACCUACUAGUAUACUUUUGUCUACGAAUACACUGGACUCUACAACUCAAACGAUCGACAUCGCUGCUGCUCUUGCAGUUGCAGCUUCAGUCGCUCCAACCCUCGCCCUUGGCAACCUCAGCAAUCCUAUUCCGUUACCAACAGAUGCACCCAACUACAAUGAAACCAGCCAGCUUGGAGCGGCGUUUCCUCCUCUACAACAGUUCAUUGGCAAACCAAGUAUUGAAAAUGUCACAGAAUUUCCUGCUUAUAUCUCAGACCAGGUCGGAAAACGCCAGGGCGCUAUCCGAGUUAUGGCAGUCGGCGAUUCCAUGACGCAUUGCAUGGAGGGCGAUUUUACCUGGCGAUAUCGACUUUGGGAAUGGUCUCUAAGCCAAAACUUUGCAAUGGAUUUUGUAGGGCCUUAUGAAGGUACUGUGCAGCCAAAGCAACCUGCGCCACCUGUCCCGCCACCAUUGUACGGCUCAUCGGCGCCGGGUGAAUCUGUGCGAGUAAGUGGUAAAUAUGCAGUCAGUUUCGAUAGUUCUCAUUUCGCAAUCUCAGGCCGUGCCGCAGCAGUCGUGCAAGGCCAAAUACAAGCAGUCAGUGCAAGCUACCCAACGGAUGUGAUGCUGGUAAUGCUAGGCUUCAAUGAUCUGGGUUGGUUUUACAGCGACGAUGAUGGCUUGAUCAGAAGCAUGAAAAGCUUAAUCGCCAACGCACGCCUAUCCAAUCCCAGGACCAAAUUUGUUAUUGGAACUGUGCCGCAUCGGACAUUCAUUGGAGGUCGUCAAGACCUUGUAUUGAACACUGACUCAUACAACCGAAUGUUGAGGGCUCAAGGCCCUGGUUGGAGCACACCUACAUCCCCAGCAAUCAUUGCUCCCAUUCGCGAGGAGUAUGAUUGUGGGCCACAAUAUGGAGACGGUUGUCCAGCUGCUUGGGAUGGUCUACACCCUAAUGAAUUGGGCGAAUAUCAAAUAGCGAGGGCUUUCUCUCGAGCACUCGUUGGUGGCUUAGGGAUUGGCCGUGAGGCUAUUGUCGUUCCGACCAAUGUCCCAUUGCGGUACCUACCUAUUCCUGGAAACCUUCAGAUGGGCCCGUCCCCGCAAGGACUCACCGCAACUUGGGACAAGGUCUUCGGUGCUUAUGGAUACGACAUCGAUUAUAUCAUCAAUGGCGGAGCCCCUUUCAAUUUCUCUCCUGGUUCUACUUCGACUAACAGAUGGGAUACGAGGUGGGCUUUGGAAGGUUGGACGUACCAGAUUCGUGUACGUGCGAGUUCUGGCAAUCGGAAGAGUGGAUGGACUGAAUGGGUUUCUGGUGUCGCAAAACCACAGACCGCGAGCGCCCCCAAUAAUGUUGUCUCCCGUGCUACGGCAACUGGGCUCACCAUUACGUGGACUCCUCCCACAGGAGCCUAUUCCGAUUCUGUCUUCCUCUACAACGUCUAUUACUGGGACCUUGAUCUACCGUGUUCUUUCCUCUUGAGUGCCGCCUUUGUAGGGUCGUCUGCGAGUAUCAACGGCCUAGUACCAGGCCACCGCUACCUAGUGGCCAUUGAAGCGUGGAAUUCUGCAGGUGCUGGCUUCCCCCUUGUGGCCAGACGUAUCAUUGUUGGUGGUGGUGUGCCUGGCACUCCAAAGAACUUGCAGAUACUAGCACGCGACUCAACUACCGCUCAUCUAACAUGGGACCCAGUGCCAGGUGCCACUGGCUAUCGGAUAUUUAGCCGAAAUAUCAACAUAGCCGGUAGUGUAUUGACUUACGCGGGACAAAGCCCAGCGACGAGCUGUAUCGACUGGUAUUUUCUGUUCCCUGGAACCUGGAACUAUGCAUGGGCGAUUUCAGCCUUUAACGGCGAAGAUGAAGGCAGUCUCAGUCUCUCGGUGACAGCUCCGAGCCCUGUAUCUGGUAACAAAGUUGCUUCCUGUCUAGGAGAACAGCUCGCCGUUGCAUGUGGUGGUGCUGGUGGGCUCCCUCCGGCUACUGACCCGAUCGACCCGUCAGAUCCUGGACCUCCUGAAGGAACACCUGCACCAGUGCCAAAUCCUGUUUGCAUAUCUGCAGCAUGCUAA